AGCGCUCCUCAACAAAGCGCUAUUCUGCUCGUGCAAAUUCCAAUGAUGGUGCAAUGGGAGAGAUAACAGAAGUGAUCCACACAGAAACACAACGACACAACAGCAGACAUUUCCCUUAUCAAACAUAAAGCAAGCCUGUUCCAUACGUAAUUUAAAAAAAUGUUUAGUUUACUUACAACUUCAACAACGAUGAGGUCUGGAGUUGGGAUUCCCCGCCAUGGUCUUUGAAAAAGUCUUGUGGAUAUAAUCCUAAACUUCCCAGGUUGCAGAUGAAAGGACUCCGCCCACCGGUCACCCCAUCCUCCACUCGCUACAUUGCAGCAGUGAACUUCCUCUUAAUGAAAACACACUUUCGGUAAACCAGCGCUUACACUUGUUGGCUUUACAGAGCCAGGGAUUGCCAGACACUACAUCAUGAUCUUUCGGGAGCUUUGAUCUCGAGGACUGUCUCUCUCACGCAGACGUCCGUCCACACAGACCAGAUGAAUGAGAAGAUGAAAGAGGGUGGUGGAAACCUUGCUGAAGAGCAGAGGAGUUUAAUACCAGAUGACAUGUAUUACAACUAUGAAGAGCUGUGCUCCAAACCCUUCAUUUCGGCAGACUCCAACAUCCCCCCAAAUCUGCUGCAUCUCUCACAUUCUUUUGGCUAUGACUGCGGGCGGAGAGGAAACCUGCAGCUAUUGGAUGAGCACACCUUGGCCUUCAUAGCUGGAAAUCUGCUUGUCUUACUGGACAUAGAUACCAAGGAGCAGCGCUACAUUCGCACUAGCAGUGGAGGAGGAAUCGGUGCCAUCAUGACUCACCCAAGUAAGCAGUAUUUUGCAGUGGCAGAAAAGGGUCAUCAGCCUGACAUCAUCAUAUAUGAGUACCCUUCCCUGCGGCCGUACAGGAUCCUCAGAGGGGGUACAGAUAGCACAUACAGCUUUGUGGAUUUUAACCGUGAUGGCUCUCUACUGGCGAGUGUGGGUGGAGAGCCGGACUAUAUGCUCACAAUUUGGGAUUGGAAGCAGGAACAGGGGAUACUUUGCAAUAAAGCGUUUUCUCAGGAAAUCUACAGAGUCACGUUUUCUCCAGACUGCGCCGGACAGCUCACUACCUCCGGUUCUGGACAUAUCAGGUUUUGGAAAAUGGCCAGUACCUUCACUGGUUUAAAGUUGCAAGGGUUGUUGGGAAGAUUUGGAAAAACGACAGUAACAGAUAUAGAAGGAUAUGUGGAGCUUCCCGAUGGCAAGGUGGUGUCGGGAUCAGAGUGGGGAAACAUGCUCCUUUGGGAGGGUGGUCUAAUAAAAGUAGAAAUAUGCCGUAAAGGACGACGCACCUGUCAUGCUGGAACCAUACAUCAAUUUAACCUGGAUGAGGGAGAACUAAUUACAAUAGGCUCUGAUGGAGCAGUCAGGGGCUGGAACUUGGAGACCAUAGACUCAGCAGAUGCUGUGGACGAAAGUGGCCUGUUUGAGAUCGAACCUAUGAAUGAAUUAAUAAUAGGUCGUAAUGUCAGCUUGCGCUCUAUGGUCAAGAGUUCUAUCCCAGAAACCUCCAUCUGGUUUGCUCAGGACUCUAAUGGUGGUAUUUGGAAACUGGAUCUAUUAUUUGGAUCUAUUAACACUACUCAAGAUCCACAGUGUCUUUUCUCAUCUCAUGCUGGUGUCAUUCAGGGCUUAGAUGUUUCUGGAAAUAGCCACCUUGUGGCCACAACAGCCCUGGACGCCUCUGUUAGGGUAUUUGACUUUCUUUCAAAGAAAGAGCUCACGAUAAGCCGAUUCAAACAGGGGGGAACCACAUUGACCUGGGCUUCAGACAUGGUGAACAGUGCUGCAAGUCUGCUAGCUGUUGGUUUUAGUGAUGGUGUUGUGCGUCUAUUGGAGCUGUAUAACCCUCGGAGUCUGUACGCAGUUGCUGGACGGAGUCACGCUGGAGAUGCCGAACUCUUUCUCAAAGAAGCUCUCAAACCCCAUAAUGCUUCUGUGACAGCCAUUGCUUAUGAGAGAACUGGAAAGAUCAUGGCUACUGCGAGUACAGAUUGCACUGUGUUCUUCUUUACGGUGGGCGACAAAUAUGACCCUAUUGGGUUUGUUACUGUUCCAGGGCCUGUGCAAGGUCUGCAGUGGUCACCUCAGUCUCAUGAAAAAAGCACUUUGUUGAUCUUCUGCCAGAAUGGUCACGUGAUGGAAGUUCAGUGUCCUGAUGCUGGGUCUCAGGCCGGAGGAAACACCUUCCAGCUGUCAGACCUUUCCAGAAAGCAUUUCUGCUUCAGCAGCAUCAAGUCUCGCAUUAAGAGAGAUGCAGAGAUUGCACUCAGACAGGCCAGAAAAGAAGACAAAAAGAAAGAAAGAGAAGAGCGCUUAAAGAAGUUAAGAGAGUAUGACCCGGAUGCCACAGAGGAGCAUCUGUUGGAGGAAGAGGAAGAAGAGGAGGAAGAGGAACUGCCCCCUCUGUACACUCCUUCUCCACCCAGUCCUCUUCACUGCGGAUUUUACUCAACAGCAAACUCAUUUUGGCUGUCUAUGGGUGGCUAUGAUUCGGGGUAUCUGUACCAUUGUAAAUUCUCAGAAGAGCAGAGCCAGGAUGCUUUAGAGAGGAGAGAUGAGCCUUUCUCUUUUAUAGCUGUGGAUGACACAGACCAUAACUCCAUUCUCACCAUCACAUUCAAUUCCAGCAAGCAGUUGAUGUUGUGUGGCAUGCAGGAUGGCAGUGUAAGAGUUUAUCCCAUACAAGCAUCAGACCCUCAGCUCAGCUCCAUGCAGGCUUACUGGGCCCUCAGCAUCCAUGACAACCAGAAUGGCUGUGUGCGGCACCUCCGUUGCAGCUAUGAUGACAUGUUCGUCCUGACCGCUGGAGAGGACGGCAACAUCUUCUCUUUCAGCUGUCUGCCAGAGGAGGAGCUCCAGAGAACCAUGCAGCUCAAACAGGCCAAAGUGCCAUCCCCACGGGUUGGAUUGGAGAUGGAGAAACCAGCUCAGGAUAUAGAGGAUCCAUCUGCGUACAGCAUAGAAACAGCUAAGCAGAAGCUAGAGUUGGACCGCAAGCUGAAAGAAGCAGAAGAGAGGAAACAGGAGAGACGGAAGAUGCUGGUGGAACUGCAGAGUCGAUUUCAAGCUUUACUGGAGCAGAACCAGAACAUUCCAGACCAUAUCCGCCUUCAUCGCUCGGAGUUUGAGCUGGAUCCAUGCUUCCGUGAGGAGAUAGAGCAGCAGACGGAAGAGGGAGUGAUGGUGGUCCGGAAACAGCUCGCCUGGGAUGAGGAGAGACAUCGCUUGGGUCUCAACAAACUUCAAACCAUGUUUUCAAAGUCAGCGGUGCAGGACACGGUCACAGUGUAUGCAUUCGAAAGUGUACAUCGGAUCUCCACCUACAGGCUGCUUGCUCUGUCCCCCAUACAAAUACAGCAAUACCAGCGUAACAGAGACAUAUCUCGAAGUGGACCUGUGGAACAAAAACAGUGGAGGGACAAAGCACAGCCCAACAAAGAAAUCCACAAUAUUACACGGUUAAGUAAGUCAGGGAAACUGGCCAACAGGGAAGCAGAGAAAUUGUCCAAAGCAGAGGAAAUCCAAGCCAGAAUAAAGGAAAGGAAAAAGGAAUGGGAACAAUUCUUUGCCUCCAAGCCCAGCAAGGACUAUGAGGACCCUAAGGAUGUAGAAGCGAUACGAUUGGCUAAAGAAAAUUUGGGUGACUUUAAGCUAAAGACAGCCGAAGACUUCACCAUUCCUGAACACUUGAGAAUGAACGUAGAGAAGAAGAGAAUGCAGCUUAUGGAACUGGAGAUAAAGAUCUACGAGAAAAAAUCUGAGAUGAAUGCCCGUGUGAUGGCUCUAAGAGACAGUAAGGUGCAGAUCAUUUCUCAGCUCCAUUCUCAAGUGGAACAGCUGCAUAUGAUUCAGCAACGUCUGCCACCUGAGAAACGUCACGCAUUGCCUGCUGUGCCCAUCCUGGUGCCGGAUGAAAUUCCAGAGAAGAAACACAGAUACACCAGGGCCACUCUGGAACGUUUCGCCACCCUUCGGGCCAAGAUGGUUUCCACUGGACUGGAUGAAAAGGAGAUCGGGCAAAAUAUCCUUAAACUGCUUGAACAGGAGUCACAAGACACACAAAACGAUGCUCAGAAUGCACAUAUGGAGGAAGAAGGUGUGAUAGAUAUGCACUCUCAAAGGCCGGACGAGGAGCUCGGAGAGAUAGAAAGGGAGAUGAGAGAAGCAGAAGAGAUCAGAAAUCUGUACCAGCAGGACGCACUUCUUAAACAGAUGAAUGAGGCAGUGUGGGGCUUUGACGCCGAGCUACGCCUGUUGCGUCAUGAGAAGCAGGAGUUGGAUGUUCAGAUGAAACUGGCUGAUCUCAGACAAGUGAUCCUGUUGGCGGAGCUGCAGCUGCUGAAGGAGUUUGAGAAGAGAGAGAACAUUCUACAGGAACGGUUAAACAAGUAUAUACAAGAAGGGCAAGAGAUCACGGCCAAAAUGAGUGAGUGUAAGCACCAGAUUGAGGUGAAGAGGAGCGAGAUCGUCAAACUCCAGAAUGAGGAGAAAACAAUCGUGACCACCUUUAAGACAUCACUGGGGGAGAACAACAAGUUUGAGGAGUUCCUUACCAAAGUGUUUAAGAAAAAGAUCAAACGUGUGAAGAAGAAAGAAGCAAGGGGAAGUGAAGGUGGUGAUGUAGAGGAAGAAGAUGACAGUGAUGAAGACUCUGAUGAAGAAUCAGACGGGGACAAUGAUGAGGAUUAUGAAGAUUCUGAGUUUGGAGCGCCGCUUGACGACAGCGUGUGCCCACCAAAUUGUGAUAUCAGCCUCUUCGAGAACACGCUGGCAUUGCGUGAACAUCGCCUGGAUGUCGAGGAGCAGAUUCAGGAAGAGAUGAAAAGUGUCAACAGUUUAAAGGAGGAGUGUGAUGCAUUAGUUAAAAAAGAGAAGAUCGUGCAGAACAACCGUAAAGCUGCAGAGGGCGAUCUGGAGCUCAUUAAUCGAGAAAAACAGCAGAGGCUUAAUGAGAUCGAUGUGGUGGUGCCGCUCAGACUCCACCAGAUAGAUUAUGUGAAAAGUGGUCUGAUGCUCGGUGAGCUGGACUCUGCAUUGGUGGUUAACACAGAUGUUCUUGAACGCCUGGAGAUACGCAUUAAAGAGCUGCAGCAGGAGAAGACAGAUCAGUGGGAGCUAUAUAAGCAAGCCGGACAGCGACACGUUCAGCUCAGACAAGACCUUAAAGACACGGAGGCCAGAAUAAAGGAGUCAGAAGUGUGUUGCGAGCAGACGAUGCUGAUGAAGUUCAGAAGGCUAGUUGACCUUGAGGUUCUGCAGACUUUGUCAGACAACAGGAAGCUAAAGGAGAUGAGACAGGAGAUCACAGAGCAAGAGGAUAAAUAUAAACGGGAGCUGAAACGUUAUGAGGUAAAAGUUAAAGAAGCAGAAGAAGCUCUAAAUGAAGUCACGAGACAGAACACAGAAAGACUACGUGAAAUGAACAGUCUGCUCAGUCAGAAAAACAUGAUGGAUGCCCAACUCAACUCCAGACAAAGCAAUACGGGGAGUCAGUUUCACCGCAGUUGUCCUGCUGAGGAACAGGAGCUGCAGAGCCUACAGCAGCUAUUGGAAGCUCAAGCACAGGAAAUCGAAGCUUUAAACCAAGAGAUCUUCACACUCUCACGCAAAGACAGUCACGUUCUUCCCCCGCUUGAACCUGUUUUGCCUACUGUUCCCACUCUGUCCUACUGUAACACAGCCAGCACAUGCACAUACUCUGGUGUGCGCAGGAAAUACAGUCUUAGCAGCAAAGCUAUGAAAUAGAUCACUCACUGCACACAAUGUUAUACAUAUCUGAGUGUGAAAUAAAUAUUAAAAUAGAUAUAAAAGGCAUGAAAUUGCUUCUCUAUGAAGAAAAAAUAAAAAUGAUCAAAUGACAAAUGGUGACUAAUCAUUUCAAAAUUGUUAAACAUUGACCUUCACUUGAGUCUUUGGCAUUAUAAUUGAUAUUGAUUUUAUUAUAUUUCUUAUGUUUCUUCUCAAAGCAAAGAUUUCAUGG